AUGUCUGACUUGGAAGCCCAACAACCCCAAGACCACACGCUCGCAGUGGAGCAGAACGACAAUGCCUCUGCGACCCAUCACAACGACAACCCUAAUAUCACUAGGGUGGUACAUGAUGAUGACUAUAUUCACUUUGGCAACGAAAAAUACCAUAAGGCUGACUUGGCUUCAGCCUUUGGUGGUACGCUCAACCCUGGUUUGAGUCCCCCUCCAAAACACGACUUGGCUAACCCUGCUCCUUUGGGGUUGUGCGGUUUCGCCUUGACUACUUUUGUCUUGUCUCUCAUCAACUGCGAGGCCCACGGUGUUUCCAUUCCAAACAUUGUGGUGGGCUUGGCUUUCUUUUAUGGCGGUGCUGCUCAAUUCCUUGCUGGAAUGUUUGAGAUUGCCGUUGGUAACACUUUUGGUGGUGUGGCUUUGUCUUCGUACGCUGGCUUCUGGUGCUCAUGGGCUGCCAUCCAGGUAGAUUCCUUUGGCAUCAAGAGUGCUUUUGCAGAGGAUGAAACUUCCAUGCGUUACGCUCUAGGGAUAUUUAUGGUUGGUUGGUUUAUCUUCACCUUCUUCUUGUGCGUACUCACAUUGAAGUCCACCUUGGCAUUCUUCUUGUUGUUUUUCUUCUUGAGUCUUACAUUUUUGUUAUUGGCUAUUGCUGAGUUCAACGGCAAGGUCGGGACAAAGAAGGCUGGCGGUGUUUUUGGUGUGAUUACUGCGUUGGUGGCAUGGUACAAUGCCUACGCUGGUAUCGCUAAUGAGCAAAACUCGUACAUAAUCGUCAAGGCGCUUCCAUUACCUGACUUGCUGGCCAAGCGGGAUUAA